UGAGUGGUAUUUUUACGGUGAUAUCACAGGUGAUUAGGUUAUAGUAGCAAGAAUACUCUGUGUGGUGCUUCUUGUGAGCACAUGGACACUUGAAUUAUUUUUGGAAAUAAAACAGAAAUUUUAAGAAUAACCUAUAUUUUUAUUCUAAAUAUUAUAUCCAUUAUAUUGAAUAAAAAUGAAUAUAAUUCCGUGUAUGACUUGGGUAAAAAAAGGUGUUGCAGCUACAAACCCUGAAAAGGUUGAGUUAACACCAAAAGAAUUAAAAAAUAUUUUAAAAGAGAAACAUUCAGAAUUGCAUGGUGAUUUAGAUGAGGAACUCGGUGAAAUUUUAGAGCAAGAAAGUGAAACCAAAUCUCAUUUCGAUGUACUGCAAAGUGAUGAAUAUCAAUUUGAAAAAUAUGAUGAAGAAUCGGGUGACAUACAUUGCUCUAUUGGUAAUAUAACAAUGUUCGAUACAUAUGAGAAAGAUCCUUUAAUAACACAGGAUAAUGAUGAUGAUUCAGAAAAGGAUGAUGAUGGUAUAAAAAGUGAUGAUAAUCUUGUAUUAAUAGGACAUGUUGAAGGAGAUGCAAGUAUUUUGGAAAUAUAUGUUUACAAUGAAACAGAAGAUUCUUUUUAUUGUCACCAUGACAUAUUAUUAUCAUCAUUUCCAUUGUGUAUAGAAUGGCUUAACUUCGAUCCUACAGAAUCAAAACCAAGUAACUUGUGUGCAAUUGGUAAUAUGACCCCCAUUAUAGAAGUAUGGGAUUUAGAUUUAAUAGAUUGUUUGGAACCAGCUUACAAACUUGGACAUGCUGUUUUAGAUGUGGCAUGGAAUGAAAGUUACACACAUGUAUUAGCUAGUGGAUCAGUUGAUCGAACAGUUUUGUUAUGGGAUUUAGAAAAUGGCACACCUGUUAAUAAGAUUACUUCCUUUAAUGAAAAAGUUCAAUCAAUAAAAUGGCAUCCAACUGAAACACAUCAAUUACUAACAGGUUGUGCAGAUAAAAUGGUUAGAUUGUUUGACUGCAGAGAUCAAACUGUUGUAAAAUCUUGGGAAACAUCAGGAGAAGUAGAAAGAGUAUUAUGGAAUCAAUUUGAUUCAAACUACUGUAUAGCAAGCACAAAUGAUGGAUACAUGUUAUAUUUUGAUAUCAGGCAAGAUAAACCAAUUUGGAACAUAGAAGCUCACACAAAAGAAGUUACGGGUUUGAUUCUAAGUACGUCAUGUCCCGGUCUUCUUCUUACGUCUGCAAAUGAUGGCAACAUAAAAGUGUGGGAUAUUGUUAAGCAUGAGGAACCAGUAUGUGUUUGGGAAAAAAAAACUAAACUGGGUGCUCUAUUAUGUGUCGCAUCAAACCCAGAUAAUCCUUUUAUUUUUUCUGCUGGCGGUGACAAUAAAUCCCACAACUUUCAAGUAUUUGAUUUUUCUAAAGUAACAGAAAUAUACAAAAGAUUUGAAGGCAGAAUACCAAGAAAUAAUAAUCACAAAGAAAUGAUGGAUAUAACAGAUGAUAUGGAAUCAAUGAUACUUAAUAACGUAAAUGGUUCUAAUACUAGUUUGAAAAGAAAAAAAAAAUUAAAUAAACAUUUAAAAUCAAAAUGAUAAACUUUAUCGCUAUUUAAUUCUGUGAAGACUGCAAAUUAAAGGUACUCGUGCUUCGUUAUAUUUAUCUUAUACGUUAUUUCAUAGAAAGAAACUUUCUAGAAAAAAUUACGUUUGGAAAGGCACAUGAACGUUUUUAGUUUUUCUUCUUAAAACAUUUAUUUUUUUCUUGUAAUAAUAUAAUGUUAGUCCCAACAGUGAUUUUUGAAAGUUUUACAAUCUGUACAACAUAGUAAUUUCCUAAUAAUUUACAACACACAGAAAUCCAAUUUUAUUUGGUUUAACAUAUUCUUAUAUAGUCAAGGCAAUCAGUAUAUAUUUUUGAUUUGCAUUAAUCCAAUAUCAUAAAAAUACGAAAAAUGAUCGAAUUAUUCAAAAAUUUAUGUUUUUAAUAUUUACUAAAUAUCUAUUAUACUGUAAAAUAUGAAUACCCAAAUUAUAUACGGUAAAGUAACAAUUUUAAGAAUACACUGUUUUGAAAUGAUAUUUUAAUAGAAUUUUAAGAUAUUUCUUCAUAUUCUUCACUUCAUUAUUUCGUUUUCUUGUGAAAUUAAUAUGUACAUGAAGAUUAUAUACUUAAAGUGAAAAUAAUAUUUUAUGAAUUAAAGGAAAGUAAAAACGUAAACUAAAACCAUUUCUUGUUAGUAGAAAUUUCACAUUUGCAUUAUAAAAAAUCUAAAAUUUUGAUGUUACUUAUGAGACACUAACUAUGAAAUGUAGUACAAGGAUGUUACUUGUAUUAUAAAUUCUUCUUAAUGUUGUAUGAUUAUGUAUUCCAUCAAUAAUUUUAUUAUCUGAAUAAUAUCGUACUUAUGUAUAAAUAUUUGCAAAAAGUAUUGUUUACUUUCAGAUUUGUAAAGCAGAUUAAUAAUUUAAUAACAAAUUAAAUUUUAUAUUUCAAUCUAAUUGGCAUACUACUAUUUUACAUAAAUGUAGAAACAAUUGUUUGUAUGACAUUUUGUAAUUUUAUACACUUAUAAAGUAAUUUCAUUAUUUUGUGGUCCUUACAGUCAAUAAAUUUUUUGCGAUUCAAUUCGGUAAUGUAUUUAUUACCUGGUAACGUAAAAUGUGUAAAAAUAAAUCACAGUUAAAAGUGAUUGGGCAGUUACUAACAUGUGCAAGCUCGAUAGCUUAUAUAGUCGAUUAUAAUAUAAUACCAAUACUAAAAGAAAAAGUUUCCCAUUGUAGAAUUCCAAUUUCAAUGAUAUUACUGGUCAUAGAAAUUAAUAUCUAAUAGAUUGUUCAUUCUCUCCAAUUGAUACAGGAAAUCUGUAUACUUUGAUAUCAUUAAUGUAUAUUGUAUAAAGAAGUGUAAACAUUAUUUAUAACGUAUUUUCACGCAAUAAAAAGAAAUAGGAAAAAUCAGAAUUGAU